UGAUUUAACGAUCUCGGAUCCGCGAAUUGAAAUCUCCGGCAUCAUCCAUGGAUCGCGCUCUUACUUCCCGUUUCAACAUUCCGUCUACUCUCUCUCCGAGAACUUCUCUGGCCACCGCUCGACGAUUCGCCCCGGCGAUCGUCUCCGCGAAACGAUCUCGGAUCGAGGGAGUGAGCGAGGAGUUAGAUCAAGCUCCCGCGAGACGACGCGUACGCUCCGCUUUCGCUGAUUUGCAGCUCCAGAUCGAUCACUGCUUGUUCAAGAAAGCUCCGAUUGGGAUCAGAACAGAGGAGUGGUAUGAGAGAAACUCGAAAGGGGAGGAGAUUUUCUGCAAGUGUUGGUUGCCGGAGGUCGGGGUGAAAAUCAAAGCGGCGGUGUGUUUCUGUCAUGGCUAUGGCAGUACUUGCACUUUCUUCUUUGAUGGUAUAGCAAAGCAAAUAGCAGCUUCUGGUUAUGGAGUUUAUGCUAUAGACCAUCCUGGUUUUGGCCUAUCUGAUGGUUUACAUGGUCACAUCCCAAGUUUUGAUGACUUAGCUGAUAAUGCUAUUGAACAGUUCACCAAAAUGAAAGGGAGACCUGAACUCAGAAAUGUGCCCCGGUUCCUGUUCGGACAGUCAAUGGGAGGAGCUAUUGCAUUAAAAGUUCAUCUGAAAGAACCUCAAGCUUGGGAUGGUCUUAUCCUUGUGGCUCCAAUGUGUAAGAUCUCAGAAGAUGUAAAACCUCCUAAGCUAGUCUUGAACGCGUUGAUCCUGAUGUCAACACUGUUUCCCAAAGCAAAACUCUUUCCAAAGAAAGACAUGAGCGAGCUCUUCUUCAGAGACCCGAGUAAAAGAAAACUUUCUGACUAUGAUGUGAUAUGUUACGAUGACCAAACGCGUCUGAAAACUGCUGUUGAGCUACUAAAUGCGACAAGAGACAUUGAGAUGCAAGUUGAUAAAGUCUCAUUGCCAUUGUUGAUACUACACGGAGCUGCAGAUAGAGUCACGGAUCCUAAUGUGAGCAAGUUCCUUCACGAGCAAGCAAUCAGCGAAGACAAAACUCUGAAACUCUAUCCCGGUGGCUACCAUUGUAUUCUGGAAGGUGAUACAGACGAAAAUAUUUUCACAGUUCUCAACGACAUUGUUGCUUGGCUUGACGCUCGUACAACUCCCAAGUAAAGUGAGAGCACAUCCCAAAAUUCUAUAUUUAUUAUUGUCUUAUGAAACUCUCUGUGGUUAAAAAAAAAAAAAAAAAAAAAAAAAAAUAUCAAUGGCCUACAAUGAAUACACAAACACAUCGCUCUCUAAGAUCCUCAUGAGUUCGUUUUCUAUGAGAGAUGUUUUUAAUUUGUCAUUGAACAGGUCUGGUCCCUAGAACCGGCAAAUAAAGCUAUAAUACAUACUAAAAUGCACAUU